CCGCCCCCACCGGCAGAUUCUCGGCACUCUGAACAGCGGUCCCCACCCCUUCCACGCCCCCGCCCCACCUCUUGCCCCUCUUUUCCCACCCCCUCUUCUUUACCCGGGGUGGUUUGUUCCGAGGAGUACAGAAUAAAUAGUCCGGUCAAAAGGCGCGGCGCGCGGUAGUGAGCGCCGAGCCUGGGCCCAGGCGCCGACUUCUCGGCCACGCUCUCCGGGAUCAGUCUCAGGGCUCCGCGGUUCCCGACUCUGGUCACUCGUCGUCUGCGGAGUUCAGCCUGGCCCCCGCCUCCGCGAGGGAGCGGAAGGCGGAGGCCGCGAGACUGGCCUGGGGGAGGAAAGCUGAGGCGCGGGGGACGCAACGAUGUCCACCGGCUCGGUGAGCGACCCGGAGGAGAUGGAGCUGCGGGGACUGCAGCGAGGGUACCCGGUUCCCGUCUCCAAGAGGCCGUGCCUCCGCGGCGCCGAGCGCAGCUACGUGUCGCCCAGCGACAACUCUUCUGCGGAGGAGGAUGACCCCGACGGCGAGGAGGAGCGCUGUGCGCUGGGCGCGGCGGGCGGCGCGGGAGGCUGCAAGAGGAAGCGGCCCCGGGUGGCUGGGGGCGGCGGCGGCAAGAAGCCCCUCCCGCCCAAGGGUUCGGCGGCCGAGUGCAAGCAGUCGCAGAGGAACGCGGCCAACGCCCGAGAGCGCGCCCGGAUGCGCGUGCUGAGCAAAGCCUUCUCCAGACUCAAGACCAGCCUGCCCUGGGUGCCCCCCGACACCAAGCUUUCCAAGCUGGACACGCUCCGGCUGGCUUCCAGUUACAUCGCGCACCUGCGGCAGCUGCUGCAGGAGGACCGCUACGAGAACGGCUACGUGCACCCGGUGAACCUGACGUGGCCAUUUGUGGUCUCGGGACGACCCGACUCUGACACCAAAGAAGUCUCCGCGGCCAACAGAUUAUGUGGGACCACCGCUUAGAGCGAACUCGAACUCUCUUGGGAUUAUUGGUUGAGCACACGGGUUUGGGGACUAGGGAGGCAGCGUGAGAAGCCCUGAGAAUGGGAAGAACGUUCCAUUGGAUUCUCCUAGACUCCCCCAGCCCGGGACCAUGAACUCGACAGGUGGCGGGCGUUAGGGGGCGGGGGGGGUGGGGUGGGUAAAGCCUGGGUGUCGGCAGCGCGCCUGGCAUCGCCGGGUGCAGACGGCUCUGCUGCCGCGGGUCUGGGCAACGACACUACACGCGGACCCAGAUCAGGCCUCGGGCUUUAGCUGUAUAGAAUACCCCCGCGGCGCAGUCUGAGCCCAGCGCGCAGCCGCCUAGGGGUUAGUUUCCACACUGAGCCAGAUCUACCGUGUGAUGGCCUGUACUGUCCAGGCCUCUCACGGUUAGACCAUGGUCAGAACGCGCUCUGGACAACCGGCUGCAGAGACCGAAGUCUUCACGCCAGACCCUACAUCGGGGUGUGUUUUUAAGUUACAAAGAGAGGAGCGCUGCACACCUGGGCCAGAAUUGAAUCCCACAGGGCCGGGCCCGACGCACGAUGUCCUGCCGGUUCGGGGAGAGGUGGAAGCGCGCUCGCAGAGACCCACCUGGCCGGGUCUGCCCGGAGCGCUCCCUACGGUCGCGCUUCCGGGGGGCUAGUGACGCCCCUCCGUCCCCCGAGGCGAGCAUCUCCCCUUAACCAGGCUUAGGUCUGCCCACUCCCCUUCUAAGGCUUGAGCCUCCCAUCCGCCUCUCCCCACCGACCUGGCUCGCGUCUGCUUCGGCAUCUCCCUCUGCUCCCUCCGCCCACACCUACUUGCAGGCCCCCUCCCCCGAGUGUCCCCACCUAGCCUCCCCCUCGGGUGGCACCCGCCUCCGACUCCAACUCCCGGCGCCCCCGUUCUUCCUCCGGGCCGGGUGGGGCGCGGAGGCUGUUCGGUACUAGUGACCCUGUUCCGGCGGAACGCGCUCCUGCCCCAGGCUGCACUACCACAGUGAUUAGCAAAUGUAAAUAAAUUUAUUUUUUUAUGAAUAAAACGCAUUGUGAAAACCGAG